UUUCUUCUUCUUCGCACGGGCUACCCUGACAGCUACCCUGUGAUCGGGCUACCAUCUGAUAAUCUACUAUCACCUCGGGCUACUCUCUCGGCGAUACGUACCGAGGAAUGUGUUAGUCGUGACGAAAAAUAGAAGGAAGAUAAGAAGAAAGUCAAGUCGGUUGACGUAAAGAUUCUGUCGAGGGAUUUAAAUCAUCUUGUAAUUCAUGAUUCUUCGAGAUCUCAAAUUCGAGGAGCGACUUUAAAUAUCGACGGGGAUUGCUUCGAGCAGUGAUUCGCAUCUUCAUCACUUGACCUUGAUGAAUCACAUGACUUCCGGAAAGAGACUUCGACUGGCCGGUCGGUGGUGAAUGGGACCAGUUCCGAGACCGUCCAAGAGACUUUUAAUCUCGCAUUUAACGAGCGCUCAAGACCGCGUGCUUCCGCGAAAGUAUUUGUGCGAGAAGGAGGCGACGUGUGCCGGUGGUUUAACGUUUGCCAAAGAAAUCUGUGUGAUUCGCGCCGAACUGAUCUGAUAGGCACAGUGCGUGAGGAUCACGGAAAUAGUGCGCGAUUCCAUGAGCGGCAUACAAUUUUAGCGCAUCGUUUAUCACAUCGCCACAACACCUGAACGUGAUGUGUGAAGAGGAGGCGCCGUUGAACCUCAGCACGAAGCCGAGCGACGUUUCGUCGAGUAUCGGCAGUAGGAAAAGUGAAAUUUGGUCGCCGGGUUCGGUGUGUGAGAGGGAGGCCAGGGAAACGAGAGCACCGUCCUCCAGGAGUCCGUCCUCGACCCCUAUAAUUACGCGGCAAAUUCAUCAUUCACCACUUACACCGCCCUCCUCGACGGAAAGAACUUUUCAAUGUAAGCAGUGCGGUAAGGCUUUCAAACGGUCAAGCACGCUUAGUACUCACCUGCUGAUCCAUUCCGACACGAGGCCUUAUCCCUGUCAAUAUUGUGGCAAGAGGUUUCAUCAGAAGUCGGAUAUGAAGAAACAUACCUACAUCCAUACUGGUGAGAAACCACACAAGUGCGUCGUGUGUGGCAAGGCAUUCUCCCAGAGCAGCAACCUGAUCACGCACAUGCGUAAGCACACCGGCUACAAGCCGUUUCAAUGUGGGCUUUGUGACAAGGCGUUUCAGAGGAAGGUCGAUCUACGUAGGCAUCGGGAAGGUCAACAUCCGGCGGCGCCGGCGCUCGAUUAUCGCUCUCUGCAGAUACCACCACAGCAGCAUCAACAGCCAAAUGGCAAUCGGCAUUCACCGUUACCACCGCAUUCAGCGUCCUCCACGGGUUACCACGUGAUAUCCGUUCCCGGCAGUAGCUGAGACUCGUUCAUUUGACAGACACUUCGUCCGUGAACGCGCACCAGGUCCUCGAACCGGAUAACCGAGCGGUAUGUAUCGUUGGAUCACGACACUACCAUGAUCGGUUGGGGGAGGGCAAUAUUGCGAAUAUCGCGAAUCGUACUACGAGAUCGGCUGCUGGAGGCGAGAUUUCGUAGAUACUUCAACUCCGGACGUUGGUUGGACGGAGUUAACAAACACAUCACUUGCGCGUAUAUGUGCCUGUGUAUGUCUGAAUGUAUCAAAAUGUAUUUUUGAGACAGCGACAC